CAUGCCUCGCUGACAGCAGCAACACAGUGUGGGUGUCUGGCUGUCACCCAGGGGCCCUGUGUCAACAGCAGAGGGAAGAAGAAGAGACCAAGAGGAGGAAACCAGAAAGUAACACUGCUGCAGAAAUGGACCUGCGGUCUGAGCUGCUCAAGUCCAUUUGGUACGGCUUCACGGCCCUGGAUCUGGAGAAGAGCGGUAAGGUGUCCAAGUCUCAGCUGAAGGUUUUGUCCCACAACCUGUGCACUGUCCUGUCCAUCCCACAUGAUCCCGUUGCUUUGGAGGAGCACUUCAGAGAUGAUGAUGAUGGUCCUGUGUCCAGUCAGGGUUAUAUGCCUUAUCUCAACAAAUACAUUCUGGAUAAGGUUGUGGAAGGAUCUUUUAUUAAGGAGAGUGUAGACGAGCUCUGUUGGACUCUAACGGCAAAGAAAAACUACCAGACGGACAAAAACAGCAGCACGGUUCUGCCAGAGAGGGAUGCUUUUCAGCUUUGGUGUCUUUUUAAUUUUCUGUCUGAGGACAAGUACCCCCUGGUUAUGGUUCCUGAUGAGGUGGAGUACCUCCUCAAGAAAGUAUGCAUGGCCCUGAGUAUUGAGUUCAACUGUGUUGAAUUAGAGGACUUCUUCUCCCAGGACUCAGUGCAGCAGACUGGCAUUACUGUUUGGGUUUUUCUUGAGAUGAUGAACUCGGGGAAAAUUACCAGAGGAAUUGACAAGAGCAUAAUCAGCAUGGCUAUAGAGGAAGCGUAUAGAGAGAUAGUUGGUGAUGUCCUCAAAGAGGGAUAUCUUUGGAAAAAAGGUCAGCUAAGGAGAAACUGGAAGGAACGCUGGUUCACCUUAAGGCCGAGCAGCUUGUGCUACUACACCGGGGAGGACCGCAAGGACUGCCAGGGGGACAUCUCUCUGGAUGGAAACUGCUGUGUGGAGGAAGUAAACGAUGAUCAAAUAUUGUUUGGUCGUUCAAAAUGGAUCAAAAACCUCCUUUUCCCAGUGCUGCCGGACAGAGAUGGGAAGAGAUGCAUGUUUUGUCUUAAAACCCUCUCCAAGACGUAUGAGAUGAGCGCCUCGGACACCAGACAGAGACAGGAGUGGACAACAGCCAUUCAAACAGCUAUCAGGCUGCAUGUGGAGGGGAAAAAGUCCCUCCACAAAGAUUUGAAGCUGAAGCGGCGCGAACAGCGUGAGCAGCGCGAGAGGAGACAACAGUCCAAGGAGGAGGAGCUGCAGAGGCUACGGGCCCUGCAGGAGGAGCGGGAGCGUAAGCUGGUGGAGCUGGAGCUGCUGAAGGAGGCACAAAAGCAGGCUCAGGCCCUCCUGCAGCAGGACGAGCAGAAGAGGCGCCAGCAGCAUGAGCAGCUCCAGCAGGCCCUGGAGGUCCAGCUGAAAGAGGCUGAGGAGGCCCGCGUCAGUAUGCAGGCAGAGAUGGUUGUGAAGGAGGAGGAGGCCGAGAAGCAGAGGAAGAGAAUCAAGGAGCUGGAGGAGAUGCAGAAGCGCUUGGAAGAGGCGCUGCAGCAGGAGAUCAAGGCCAGGCUGGAUGAGGAGUCCCACCGCAAUGCCCAAGCAGGAUUACUGGCAGAGGAGGAGGAUAAAAUGAGGGCACUGAUGAACCUGCAGGAGGAACAGGAGGAGUACAUCCUGAAGACGCAGAGGGAGAAGCAGGAGCUCAAGCAAGAAAUGGAGGUCAAGUCUCAAGCCCUGGAGGAGGCGCAGAGGCAGCUUGAAGAGGUCCGGGCCAACCGGCACAGGGUUGACCAGGAUGUAGUGGCUGCGCAGAGGAAACUUCGCCUGGCGAGCACCAACGUCAAACACUGGAAUGUCCAGAUGAACAGACUGAUGCGGCCGAUCGGACCAGGAGAGAAAAGGCCGUCGUUAGGAAGCUCUUUCUCAGCCUUCCAGAUCCCAACGCAGAGAGAUCCCGGGCUGCGUCUCAGAAAGAGAUCGGACUCGGAGAAUCAGGACGAGGAGAGCAAAGAAAACGUUCACGACAGAGCUGGGUGUGAUCUGGAAAAACGCCACUCCCAUGCCUCUAACGGAGACAUGGACAUCCCCUGAAAACCAUCACUCAGAGAGAGGCUGCCCGGCUCACAUCUGGUCACACUGUGAGGGUUUCUAAAGGGAAGGCCUGGGGCUGAGGGUUUGUUUAAUAUGUAAAAGACUGUGGGACAUUUACACCUAAAACCGAAUUUGGAGAACUACUAUUAGAUGUGGAAUUUACUUACCUCAUUUCACAGCUUAACACAUUUUAGUGAGAAAUUGGAUUUGCGAUAUCUCCGGCUCAUCUAAAUGCGACCUGCGUGAGGCCUUAUACCGGACAUGAACCAUACCUCAGUGCAGAGAAAAUGAGCUGUAAGAGAUGCUGAAAGUACAAGGUUCAUGUUUCAUUAACAAUACCUAUACACAUAAAGCCCAUUUGUUUAGCUCUGUAAUAUAACCAUUUGUUAACUUUACAUAUUUGUUGGGCAUAUGUGGUGUGGUUUGCCUUUUUGACGCUUUUCCUGAUAUUUGUGAAAAGUUUGUUUAGUAUUAUGAGUUUCAGUCGCAUGUAUCACUUGUCAUAAAACAGGAAAGAGAAAGAGAGAGGGGGGAAGAUAGAGAUUCUAGUUGAACUUCCUGUUUCAACUGUUUAACACAACUGUAAAUAAAAGAGUGAAAUAAUGCCCUAA